ACCCACUCAUACACACUGGAGUCUCCUGUCAACAGGGUGUUUCUCCUCCAAAUGCAUUUAUCAGAAAUGUGGGUGUGUUGUUGACUUCAACACUUGUGUCAUCGCUGAUCUUUGGUGAGGGUAAACCGUUUGGAUGUAUUUUGAGGUCCCUUAGGGGACUGCAAGGACUUGUGGGAAGAUGACCUGAUUUCUAAUUUUCUCCUCUCCUGCCUGAGCUGUGGGCUAGUCUCUGUUACAAACAGAGAAGCCCAUGAAAGGAGUGUGACAGUAUGAGCCGCGCAGAAUCUAUAUGGAAUACGGCCUCGCUAAUGGCGUAAAAUUGGAUUUUAUUUGUCAUUUUUUAUGGACGCAGACGUGACUGUAAUUCUCUUUCAGUAGAUUCAGGUGAGCAGCCAUGGCUAACCUGCAGCAGGAAUACCCUGGGGUCCUUCUGGAGAUCCUGGAGGAACUGGCCAAUAUGCGCCAAUGGCUGACCUUCCAGGAUCUUUGUCGCAUGGUCAGCACCCGCUUUGACCUGGAGCACCUCAUCGAGCUCAGGAGUUUGCUGUUUGCUGCUGCCAGCCAUGACCCCUGUUUCCCAGCUACUCUCUUCAGAGACCGGGUUUCCACCAGAGGCCAGGGGCUAUCACCCAUAGGUGUCGCUGCUGACAUUGUAACUAUCUUCAAUCUCAUUCAGAUGACGGCUGGGGCUCCUGAUGGCAGCCAUCCAAUGAGAGCCCAGAUGGUCCUCCCCGUCGACCAGUCCCCAGGCCCCAGUCUGCCUGGAAUACACCAGCUGAACAUUUCUGGUCGAGAAAGAGCACGUGCCCACUCUGACUCCGGUGGCAGGCCUAUCGAUCAGCACUUGCUGCUUCCAAGAUCUAAUUACUCUGCCCGCAAGCGAGCAAGUCUUCCCCCGGAUCCCAUCUCACUUGUGUCCUCUCCUCCAAUCAGGACGAGGGCUGUGUCUUUCGACUUGCCUCACACCACACUAUUGUACCCCAGUGGUCAAAUCCCCAACGAGGAAAUGCAGAAUAUCUACCUGCCUUUGGAGACAGACAGUGAGUCUAGUGGAGAUUCUGUGCCGAUGGAGGUGUUUGAAGAUGAACAGGAAUCGUCUGUCAACCAGAAGAGAAACAUAUUUAGGAAGGACUUCCAUAACCAGCCACCUCUAAUACCCCAGGUGACUGUUAACAGUGAGUCUCCCAGUCCCAAACAGGGGAAGAAAGGCUUCGACAAUCACAGCUUUGAAACAAUCCCAAAUCCUUACUCAUCACCAGCAACAGUCAACCAAUCGCCAGAGCUGCAGGCUAAACACGAGAUCCUUGAUGACCUACAGGACUCAACUUACUUUGGACCCCAGUCAAUGCCAGAGUGGUCCCCCCAACACCUUCAACCUCCCAGGCCCCAGAGGCCCAUCUGGAGCAACAAGAGUCACAGUCUAGAGGACCGGAUAGGUCUGGGCAGCAUUGGAAUGGGGAUGGGAUCACAAGGGGGGCAACUUCCAAGACGAUCAACCCCUGCAAUCAGCAAUUUGGGGGGGUCCUCAGGAGCUGAGAGUGGGAAUAGUGGAUUGCCAAGUGGAGGUGAUGGGGUCAAGGCUCAAGGAACCCAGACAGACCAACCGGACACCCGGCGCCUCCGUAGCCUGGUCCACGCUGAUCGCCUCUCCUUUAUGACCUCAUUAGACGACCCUGAGUUUGGUGAGGAUGACAUCAGUGCCAUCUUUCGUUUCUUAGAUGACAUAAGCAUGUGCGGUUCCACGGGAGUCUUGCACCCUACCGAUGGAUCAGGGGCCAUUAACCAGGACACCCCCGAGGCCAGACGUGGCCGCCUAGGUCAACUCCAAAGGCUAUUCCACUCUCUGGAAAGUAGCGAUGAUGGGCUCAAGGCCGGUGUCUGUAAACUGCUGCUCCGUAUGAGCCAGAUAGAAAGACAACUGGAGUCACUGAAUGAUGUAAAGGCUGAGAUUUCCCAGGUACUGUCUGCACUGCAGCGGCUGGAUGAAAAGAUCCAGCAACCUAUCGGUGGUGAUGGACAAGGCACCGGUGGGCGAUGGCUCGAGCCUCUCAGUGGUGUGUCCUCCUUUAUGAGCCACCCAAUAACUCCUUCUGAGUCAUCUGAGCCUCAGCCUCUGUCUGUGUCUGAGCAUCUGUUUCCAGGGAUCAGCACUACUAGUCUGGACUGGAACCGGUGGAACACUCCCAGGGAGCAAGCAGAAAGCAGCAAGAGUCAGGCUGAUUCAAAGGGGAGGAAAGAAGGGAAGAAGGAUGCAUCAUCUCGUCGUGCCUCCAAAACCCAGCCUGAAGAAAAAAGUGUCUCUGAUUCCAAACAGCUGAAUGUCUCUAACUCGGCAAGAGACUGGACAGUGUCAUUCUCGAAAAGUAAGGAGGGCAAAGCUUCACAUGGAAAGGCAGAUCAAUCAGGCAGCACCACUAACCUAAUCUCCAAAAAGUCCUCCAACCUGGUGGAACAAGUGUUUAACUCGUCCCUGUUCCGUCACAAAGACAGCAAUCUGACAUGUGGACUAACUUCUGGGAAUAUCCUGGACCCCAGAUUGUCUGAGGGGAGAGGAAGGCCCAUAUGGACCGUAGAUGACAGAGAGGCACGUAUUUCCCCUUUGGACUUACAGACCCAGGAGUCUCUGAACCCCAACAACAUGGAGUUCUGGAUGGAUGACAUCUACACUCCAGGCUAUGACGCUCUACUAAGGCGUAAAGAGGCUGAUCUCCGCAGGGCCAAGGUCUGCAAGCUGCUUGCACUCAUUGCCACGGCAGUAACUAUCAUUCUUAUCAUCGUUAUUCCUAUUUGCACCAUAGGGUCAUGAAGAAUCUUACAAAAGAGUCCACAUUGUUGCCUGUUUUAAUUGUAAUUAUUUAUUUUCAGCAGCUAUGUGCUGUACACAGGAGAAUGCACGCCAUUCACAUGGAGAUAAGUAGAUACGAGACAUGUGACACUGGAUUGGUGAUCAGUAAACAUUCAGUAACUCCUUACACUUCUCUGCAUGCAGCAACAUUAUAACACAGGAGGAUUCAAACUGUAGCUUACUAAUCACACCGAGUCACUCCCUCAUGCAGUUACAACAAAUUGUAAGUAAUCUCCCAUGCCAUGUUUUCUCUUCCAUUUAACGUCAUUUAUGUGGCUGCGAAAGGAAGUAUCUAAGGAUGAAUGUUUUAAAUAAUUUUAAAAUAUAUUUGAGAGGAUAUGUUGAAACUAGUAAUACUGAGCCAAUGCAAAAGUGUUUUUUCUCAUUUUGCCUGCUCUUUUCUGAGAAACAACACUAUUACAAAUGCAUUGUGAAACAGCUUCAGCCUUGAGCACUGCCUAAAGCAUGAAUUAUGCUUCUGCGUUAAAUCUACGCCAUGGCUACGUACGUAGGUACGUGGAGACACGGACACUACGCCGGACCCUACGCUGUAGCCUGACGUGCACCUCUUGAAAAAUGUUAACUACACGUCGUAGCGACGCACGUCCCUCAGCCGUGGUCUUUGUAGCGUUACAUUUCCCCCUACUCAUUUCCUGGUUCUCCUUCUCCAUAAACAACAUGAAAUCAAGCAGAGAGUUAACUUUUCCUGCUACAGAUUUACCACCGUGGUUAGAAAGCACAGAGGAGACACUUUGUUUCUCUCACUAUAACUCUAGAGUCUGUACUCUCUCUGAAGCUAAUCGGCGUCACUCUCUCACUCGCUCUACCACACACUACCCACACACACACAUGCAGGCCCUGCUAUUUUCUUAAAGAGAUCGACGCACACACCAACGCACAGGUAUAAACUUCAGGCCACUUACGUAGGCUACGGCGAAAGCUCUGCGUGGAGCCUCCGCAGGACCAUAAAUCACGCUUGACUCUAUCUUGCUGUUUUCCUGAGAACAUCACAGGGCUUAUUUCACUUUUAUGUAAUAUAAUAAUAAUAGUUUUAAGAGUUUUACAUAUACAGUUCAUACAUUGUAACAUAUACUAUUGACAGGAGCAUUUUUACUUUCUUUUAGUUUGAAUGUUCUUGUCCUUUCUUUAAGCAACAAGAUGUAGGCUACUGCUCAAACAAGCUUAAAAAUAAUAAAAAAAAUAAUAAUAUUUUUUAAAGAGUUCCCUCCCAUUUUUCAAACUAAAAAAAUAAGUUGUUUAAUUCACUUGUGAAUGUGUUUGGGUUGGAUGUUUACCAAGUGUCAGGUUUCAAAACCUGGAAGAUUUGUUGUUGAAGCAGUGAAGGAAAGAGGGAACCUUUUCCAGUAAACCCGCUCUGAGUGGAAGAUUCCACUUGUAAUUUAAUUGAUGGGAUGUUUGGAGUGCACCUAUGCACAUUAUCUUAUUUCUCUACUCACUUGGCUAGAGCAUUUCCACACACCUGCAGACUCACUCACCAACAGAUUCAUCUGGCCUGCUUUUACAGACAAUGAAAGUAGUUUUGCCAGUGGUGUGACAUUCCAGUUUGUAAAAACAUCCUGUUAACUCAGGAGACAUUACAUUUCAAUCAACUUUUCGUGCCAGACUGUAAAAUCGAAGGGGGUUGACACAAAAACAUGCACACUUUUAAAAUAUAAUGACAUUCAUUGAUAUGUCCACAAUUAAAAGUACCUUGGUGAAGCUUGUAGUGUUCACUUUAUGUUGACAUUGGUGUUAAUAGGACUCUAAGGUGAGGCUGUAAUGCAAUGUACAAUAUGCCUGAUAGUGUGGUCAAAAUAAGAGGCAUACUUUACAAUACAACCCAAUCAGUAACCAAAUAGAGAUGUUCAAAAACCGAAACUUUCUCAAUACUUGUAUUUAUUGCUGGGCUAAUGUAUUGGAUUGCAUAACAUUUUCUAGGUGUUCAUGUUUUUCUGUCCACUCCCUCUACAUUUAUAUGGAUGAUUUUGUUUCUGUUCAACAAUAGCUAAGCACUUUUCUCAAUUUUUACACAAAGUGGACAGAAACUAUUAUAUAUAUUACGUAUUAAAAGGCUUGUUUCCUUUAUCUGAAAGCAAGUGAAGUUUAAGGGUCUGGAUAGUGUGCACAAAUAUGAACAGGAUGUAUAGCGGGUGUGUUCUGCUUCAAUGCAUCCUCCUAAGUAGAUGUUUAUCUGCCAAGUGUUCCCCAUGAGGCAGUUUGUGGAUCCAUUACCCUUCCAAUGGUGCCACUGAGGAGGCCUAACCAGUCAGCACAAUCUGUGGUGCUUCCUCUGAAACUUUGGUGCAUUAGAGCCUCCUGAUACUGUUUUCACUUCUGAGAUGCAUUUACUGUAGGAAAUGUAGACCUUGUUGUUGCAUUAUCCAUGCACAUUUUAGACAGACAACUAAAAAUCUGUGAACUCAUUAUUCAGGUAAACACUCUGUCUUAAAAACUGCUUGUAAAAUAUUGCCUGUCUGAAUAAACUCGGCAAUGUG